UUGCUGGGGGUGGCAAGGGCUUGGUUUCGAUUCGGGGUGGCUUCUGUCCCUGCACUGGGCUGGGCUGUGUCCCCGCUGUCCUCACAUGCCACCGCUGCGCCAGGGGCAGAGCCAGGCUCCCUUGGGCCCCGUCCCUGGGCCAGAGGGGAGGUGAGCGGGCAGGGGUGGGAAUAUGGGGUGCUGCCCCUUCUGCACCCUGAAAAUGAGGGGCUGUGUAUGGCCAGGUCUAUGUGGGGCAUGGCCACUCCGGAGAAGGGGUCCCGGGGGUGCCCAGCCAGCAGGGAUGUGCCCUGGGGUGCUGUGCGUGCUUCUCGGCUCUCUUUUUUCGGCUGGGCAUCUCGUGCAGGGAUGUGUGUGGGGGUGUGAGAGCGUGGGGUGCUCCCCACGUCACCCACCAGGGUAGGGACACGCAGGGGACACCCAGCCCCGGUCCUGUCCCGUGGGCUCAGCCCUGCUGAAAGUGCAAGGGGACGUGUCGUGGGAACGGGGCUGGGGAAAGAAAACCGAAAAUGAUGAGAAAGUGGGGAGAAAGAAGAACCGAGCAAAGCAUUUCUGGUGCGUGCACCCUGAGAAACGCCAGCGCACGUCCUAAAGCUCUUCCCACCCGAGAGCUGAGCUCUCCGGCCCUGUCCCCACCCCGACACCCCCAGGAGGGUGCCCCUGACACCCAGGGGGCACGGGGCUCAGCCGUAGAUGUCCCGUGCUCGCAGGAGAAGCUGUUGUGCAGUUCGGGAAGGGAUGCUCAGCUCCUAGCGCCCCGGGCGUGCUGAGGAUGUCGGCCGUCCCCGAGCCCCUGGGCCGCCCGCGGAGCAGCUCCUUCCGCAGCCUGGGCGGGACGCUGGAGGCCACGCUGGGCAUGGGGCCGCUGGAGGCGGACCGGGAGGAGAUGCGCAUCCUCAAGGUGUGCUUCUACAGCAACAGCUUCAACAUGGGCAAGAACUUCAAGCUGGUCAAGUGCCCGGUGACGACGGAGAUACGGGAGGUGAUCAAGUCCAUCCUGGUGAGCGGCCGCAUCGGGCCCGACAUCAAGCUGGCCGAGUGCUACGGGCUGCGCCUCAAGCACGUCAAGUCGGACGAGAUCCACUGGCUGCACCCCGAGCUGACGGUGGGCGAGGUGCAGGAGAAGUACGAGUGCCUGCACCUGGAGGCUGAGUGGAGGUACGACCUGCAGAUCCGCUACCUGCCCGAGGACUACAUGGAGCGCUUCACAGAGGACAGGACCACGCUGCUCUACUUCUACCAGCAGCUCCGAAGCGAGUACAUGCAGAACUACGCCAGCAAGGUGAGCGAGGGCAUGGCCCUGCAGCUGGGCUGCCUCGAGCUCAGGAGGUUUUACAAGGACAUGCCCCAAAACGCGCUGGACAAGAAGUCCAACUUCGAGUUCCUGGAGAAGGAGGUGGGCCUGGACCUCUUCUUCCCCAGCCAGAUGCAGGAGAACCUGAAGCCCAAGCAGUUCCGCAAGAUGAUCCAGCAGACCUUCCAGCAGUACGCGCUGCUGCGCGAGGAGGAGUGCAUCCUCAAGUUCCUGCACACCCUCGCCACCUUCGCCAACAUCGACCAGGAGAGCUACCGCUGCGAGCUCAUCCAAGGGUGGAACAUCACGGUGGACCUGGUCAUUGGGCCCAAGGGCAUCCGGCAGAUGACGAGCAAGGAAGCCAAGCCCACCUGCCUGGCCGAGUUCAAGCACAUCAAGUCCAUCAGGUGCUCCAGCGUGGAGGAGGGCAGGGCUGUGCUGCAGCUGGGGCUCAGUGGCACCCCCCAGUCCCUGUCCAUCAAGACAUCGUCGCUGGCCGAGGCGGAGAACAUGGCUGACCUCAUCGACGGCUACUGCCGGCUGCAGGGGGGCCUGGAGACCUCCCUCAUCGUCUUCCCCAGGAGAGAAAGGGAGAAGAGGAGCAGCCUGCCGCGGAUCCCCAGCCCGCACCUGGAGGAGCGGCACUCGGUGCUGGCCGACAGCGUGAGCGUGGACUCUGAUAUUUACGCUGAAAUCCCCGACGAGUCCUCAAGACCGAGGUCUGGAGUGCAGCACUACGGGAUCUGCCGGGAGGACGUCACGCUGGGCAGGAUCCUGGGGGAAGGCUUCUUCGGAGAGGUGUACGAGGGCACCUACACCAACCCGAAGGGGGAGCGGGUCAACGUGGCCGUGAAGACCUGCAAGAAGGACUGCAGCCCCGAGAACAGGGACAAGUUCCUGAGCGAGGCGGUGCUGAUGAAGAAGCUGGACCACCCGCACAUCGUGAAGCUGAUCGGCAUCGCGGAGGAGGAGCCCACCUGGAUCAUCAUGGAGCUCUACCCCUACGGGGAGCUGGGGCAGUACCUGGAGCAGAACAAGCACUGCCUCGCCGUGCCCACGCUCAUCCUCUACGCGCUGCAGAUCAGCAAGGCCCUGGCCUACCUGGAGGCCAUCAACUGCGUGCACAGGGACAUCGCCGUGAGGAACAUCCUGGUGGCCUCCCCGGAGUGCGUGAAGCUGGGCGACUUCGGGCUCUCCAGGUACAUCGAGGACGAGGAGUACUAUAAAGCGUCCGUCACCCGUCUCCCCAUCAAGUGGAUGUCCCCCGAGUCCAUCAACUUCCGACGCUUCACGACGGCCAGCGACGUCUGGAUGUUCGCCGUGUGCAUGUGGGAGAUCCUGAGCUACGGCCGGCAGCCCUUCUUCUGGCUGGAGAACAAGGACGUGAUCGGGGUGCUGGAGAGGGGCGACCGCUUGCCCAAGCCCGACCUCUGCCCGCCCGUCCUCUACACCCUCAUGACGCGCUGCUGGGACUACGACCCCAGCGAGAGGCCCAAGUUCAAGGACUUGGUCUGCAGCUUGAGUGACAUUUACCUGAUGGAGAAGGAGGUGGCCAAGGAGCAGGAGCGGAACAACCGCCACCGGCCUCCCAAAAUCUUGGAGCCGCCGUCCUUCCAGGAGCCGCCCCCCAAGCCCAGCAGACCCAGGUACAAACCUCCGCCCCAGAACAACCUCCUGGCUCCCAAGCUGCAGUUCCAGGUGCCCGAGGGUCUGUGUGCCAGCUCGCCCACGCUCACCAGCCCCAUCGAGUACCAGUCUCCGGCCAGCUCCCUGCACACCCCGCCGCUCAACCGCCACAACGUCUUCAAGCGCCACAGCAUGAGGGAGGAAGAUUUCCUCCGUCCCAGCAGCAGGGAGGAGGCGCAGAAGCUCUGGGAGAUAGAGCGGCUGAAGAUGCGGCAGGUCCUGGACAAGCAGCAGAAGCAGAUGGUGGAGGACUACCAGUGGCUGCGGCAGGAGGAGAAGUCCCUGGACCCAACGGUGUUCAUGAACAACAACACCCCUCUGAUGCUGCCGGAGAAGGAGAUGGAUUACAAUGGCGUAGCGGAGUUCACGGGGCCCCCCCAGAAGCCUCCAAGACUCGGGGCGCAGUCCAUCCAGCCGGCCCCCACGGCCAACCUGGACCGCACGGACGACACGGUGUACAGCAACGUCAUGGACCUGGUGCGGGCUGUCCUGCAGCUGAAGAACGAGAUCAGCCUCCUGCCCCCCGAGGGGUACAUCCUGGUGGUGAAGAACGUGGGCCUGUCCCUCCGCAAGCUGAUCGGCAGCGUGGACGAGAUCCUGCCCAUCCUGCCCGCCACCUCCCGCACCGAGAUCGAGGGGACCCAGAAGCUGCUCAACAAGGACUUGGCCGACCUCAUCAACAAGAUGCGCCUGGCGCAGCAGAACGCCGUCACCUCGCUGAGCGAGGAGUGCAAGCGGCAGAUGCUGACGGCCUCCCACACCCUGGCCGUGGACGCCAAGAACCUCCUGGACGCCGUGGACCAAGCCAAGGUCCAGGCCAACCUGGUGAAGCUGUGCUUGGAGUGAGGGCAGGGGCGGAGAGAGGGAAGGAGAAGGGGUGGGGAAGGAGAGGAGGAGAGGCAGCGCCGCGCGCCGGUCGGCGGAGAAGGGAGGAGAGCAUCGUGGAGGAGCUGGCUUUUGUGUGUCUCCCGUGGCCUCGCCGCCCUGCCCUCCCUGUCCCCCCUCCUCCCGCAGCUGCUCGUGUCUUUAGCAUCAUCUUGUCGGUCGUCUGAAGAAGGGAGGCACCUGGUGACUCGUCCCUCGAAAGGGCCAGGGGGGUCCUGGCUGUCCCCAGGGGCAGACAAAGGUCCCUUCGGCUCGGAGGAACCCACUCCCAGCCAGCAACGGGUCCGUGCGUCCGUCUGGCGGGGGUCCGUGUGCCCAUCCCGUGGGUCUGUGUGCCCAUCCCGUGGGUCCAUGUGCCCAUCCCGUGGGUCUGCGUGUCCGUCCAGCGGGUCCGUGUGUCCGUCCCUCGGCCCCUCCGAGGGGCAGCGCAUGGCAGGGGGGGGGUCCCACACCCCACUCCUCGGCGCCGGGAGCCGGGGACACGGUGACCGGGGGAGCUGGCUUCCCGGGGGGAGCCCCAGCGUGCUCACUGGAGGGGCAGUCUGCAUUUCCCUGUGCGUUGUACCGGACGUUUAUUUAACGAGGGGCGCGGGGCCGUGCGCUGCCUCGGGUCGGGUCUCGCACCCGGAGCGUGCCCGGCCCCGGCCUGGGGAACGCGGGGGGUUUGGGACCCCAUCGGUGCCACAACCCGGCCGGGAGAAGGGGGGCCUCUUCCAGCCGAGUUUACCCCGAGCUGCUCUGCGUAAGCGACAACAGCACCGAAGUCUCUGUUCGGAUUGUGCUUGAGUUGGAAAUCGUACGGUUCGGGCUUUUCCCCAGCAUCUUCCCACAACGCUGCUCGUUUUGGCUGAGAUAAACCAUGCACCAAG